AUGUCUGGUCCAAUCCCCUUCCGCCCCGGUCCCAACAGCGGAGUGAACACGCCGACACGCAAGGGCUCAGUGGACACGCGCAACGAGGUCCACGUCCAACAGAACCAUUACAUCGGUAUCGACGUGGGCACCGGGAGCGCGAGAGCCUGCAUCAUCAAUGAGGCCGGCGAUAUCGUGGGCCUGUCCUCUGAGAACAUUGGCCUCUGGCAGCCGCAGACGGGAUACUAUGAACAAUCGACGACCGAUAUAUGGCGGUGCAUCUGCCUCUCCGUCCACCGGGCCAUGACGCAGGGCAAUAUCGACGCGGCCUCGAUCCGCGGCAUCGGGUUCGACGCGACGUGCUCACUCGCCGUGUUUACGCACGACACGGACGAGCCCGUCUCGGUGACCGCGCCCCACUUUGACAACAAGCAGAACGACCGGAACGUCGUGCUGUGGCUCGACCACCGGCCCGUCGAGGAGACCAAGAAGAUCAACGCCACGAAACAUAACCUGUUGAGAUACGUCGGUGGGACGAUGAGCAUUGAGAUGGAGAUACCCAAGGUGCUAUGGCUGAAGAAUAACAUGCCCAAGGAGCUGUUUGACCGGUGCAAGUUCUACGAUCUGACGGACGCGCUGGAGCACAUUGCCACGGGCAACGAGAAGCGGAGUUUCUGCUCCGUGGUCUGCAAGCAAGGGUAUGUGCCUGUCGGGGUGGACGGGUCGGUUAAGGGCUGGCAGGAGGAUUUCCUGAAGGAUAUUGGGUUGGAGGAUCUCGCGGAAGAUGAGUUCAAGAGGAUGGGUGGCGUCAACGGGGUGAAUGGCGAAUACCUCUCCGCCGGUGAACUAGCUGGCCACUUGUGCCCUAAAGCCGCAGCAGAGUUGGGUCUCCCCGCUGGCAUUGCGGUUGGAUCUGGCGUCAUCGACGCCUACGCGGGCUGGAUCGGGACCGUCGGCGCCAAAGUCGAAUUGUCGGCAGAUAACCUCAACCAGGAUACGCCUGCCAACGAUCAAUCCCAAGCUUUUACACGCCUCGCUGCCGUGGCAGGGACAUCCACUUGCCACCUGGUCAUGUCCAAAGAUCCGGUCUUUGUCAACGGCGUGUGGGGCCCUUACCGCGAUGCCGUGAUUCCAAACUAUUGGAUGGCCGAGGGCGGACAGUCCGCCACCGGAGAAUUGUUAAAACAUGUCCUCGAAACACACCCGGCAUAUAAUCAGGCUCUCUCCCGCGCAGAGUCCACCAACAGCAAUGUCUACGACUUUCUCAACCAACACCUGCAGGACAUGAAAGAGAAAUCCAACGCCCCGAGCAUAAGUCACUUGGGACGGCAUUUCUUUUUCUACGGCGACCUCUUCGGAAACCGCUCACCGAUCGCCGAUCCCACAAUGUCAGGCUCCGUCGUGGGUCUGUCAAGCGAUAAAUCCCUCGAUGGCCUUGCGCUGUAUUACUACGGCACAAUGGAGUUCAUCGCGCUGCAGACCUGGCAAAUCAUCUCCACGAUGAACAAGGCCGGGCACAAGAUAAACUCGAUCUUCAUGUCCGGGUCACAGUGUCAGAAUGAUAUACUGAUGAGUUUGGUGGCCACAGCCUGUGAUAUGCCGGUGUUGAUUCCUCGGUACGUGCACGCGGCGGUGUGCCAUGGAGCCGCCAUGCUAGGAGCCAAAGCCGCUAGUGCAGAUCCUGCUACGGGCAAGACAGAGGAUUUGUGGUCCAUCAUGGAUCGGAUGAGUAAACCCGGGAAGCUUGUUCGGCCGCUCGACGAUGAGAAGGUGAAGAAGUUGUUGAGCGUCAAGUACAAGGUAUUCUUGGAGCAGUGUGAGAGACAGAGGGAGUUCCGGAAGAUGGUGGAUGAGGUUGUUGGGAGUACCUGA